UUAUUUAGAUUGUCAUAAUUCUCUGCUAUACUCUUUUUUUCUGAAGUGGUAUUGAAAACAUUUAAAAACGUUUCGCUAAAAAUAAGUUGUUGUUUGGAAAAACGUGCUGUAUUGUUGUUUGAAAAAAGUGUUUUUUAUUUGUGUAUUAGAGUUCCUGCAGAUAUGAGAAUGGUUAUGGAUUUUUUGGCAUGUGUACUAUUUAAAACGUCAAGUCACAGUUCCCGGGUAACAGUGGACCGUAUUGCUGCGGUUUUUAAUGAAGCUGCUAAGGCAGAAGAUACACUAAUGAUUCAAUAAGAUCUUUAUAUGACGGAAGCCAACAGUUUCAUUCGAUAACUCGAGUUGUUCACAUCAAUCAUCGAUGGCGGAUAUGGCCUAUGUUCGGAAGAUAAUCUCAACGAAAAAAUGCCCGAAAGCGUUGGCACCGUAUAAUCAAGCUGUAAUCGCAGAGCAUACAGUUUACUGCUCCGGAGUUCUUGGUUUGGAACUGGAAACGUUGCAGCUAGUUGAGGGCGGAGCUGCUGCUCAAACCGCAAAGGCUUUGGCUCACUUGGCCACUCUGUUAGAAGAAUGCGGCUCCUGCAUUGCAAAUGUAGUUAAAACUACUGUCCUACUGGCAGAUAUGAACGAUUACGCCGCCGUGAAUGAUGAAUACAAAAGAGUUUUUUCCAGCAAUUUUCCGGCACGAACUUGCUAUGCUGUUAGCAAGCUCCCUCUUGGAGCGGCUGUUGAGAUUGAAGCUAUCGCAUUAACUGGAGAUGUAAUUCAGGUUUCAGCCUAAAUGUGAAGAGAUAUUCUACUCAAAAAGCAGUCAUAUGCCAAAUGUGACCUUGAAUGAAAUUACUGGACUAAGUUGCUACACCAAUAAUUUGAUCCAUCCUGCCGUUAAUUAUCAAAACACUAACACGUGCAAAGGCAUUUACAGAUUAGUAUUGUUCACUUUUUUCGUGAUGCAUAUGUUUUCAUGUAGCAUAUUCAAGAAACUUUGAUAAGUGGAUGAUGGUGAGGGAUUCGAUGAUGAAUUGCAACUGCUAUAAAAGUGUACGUAGUGCUUAUCUUUUGUAACAGCAACCGUGAAAAAGUGAAUGAAAAUGUUUUGAGGCUGAAAAUAUAUUAUGUAUAUUUCGAAAAUUAUAACACAAGUAGAAAAUUAGUGUGAGA